CUUUGUUAUGUGGCUUGCUGUGCCUGUAACAGAGGCACGUUCCAGAGAGCAAUGACAUAACUUGCUGUUGCUUUCAUUUACCUUCUCAUUUAGAAUAUUUAAAAUGGUCUUUUUAGACCAUUUUAAGCUGCUUUGUUGGCUUGGUUUAUUUUGGGGGGCUGAAAGAGAAGGGGUGAUGGUGGUCCCUCCAACAGUGCUGUGCCACUGGAUGAUGUCAAUUCUUGCUCGCUGCUGGACUGUUCUGUUGAUCCGUUCCAGUAUUCUGAGAUCCCAGAUUGGCUCAAAAGAACCUACCUGGUUACUGAGAGCAUCCUGCAUGGUCAGACAGCGCAUUGAGACUGCCUUAUUUUCUAUGAAAUGAAGUUUAAUUUUGAGACACUUCAGUAGGGAAUUGCAAGUGACUUGACACCAUGGUAGCCCUUUCCUUGAAGAUCUGCGUCCGCCAAUGCAAUGUUGUGAAGACGAUGCAGUUUGAACCAUCCACUGCAGUGUAUGAUGCCUGUAGAGUUAUUCGUGAACGAGUGCCAGAGGCUCAGAUGGGGCAAGCCUCUGACUAUGGAUUGUUCUUGUCGGAUGAAGAUCCUCGUAAAGGUAUAUGGCUGGAAGCUGGAAGAACACUGGAUUAUUACAUGCUGAGAAAUGGGGAUGUACUGGAGUACAAAAAGAAACAGAGACCUCAGAAAAUACGUAUGUUGGAUGGUUCGGUGAAGACAGUCAUGGUGGAUGAUUCCAAAACUGUUGGUGAAUUGCUUGUUACCAUUUGCAGCAGGAUAGGAAUAACAAAUUAUGAGGAAUAUUCUUUAAUCCAGGAGAGCGUUGAAGAAAAGAAAGAAGAGAGUACAGGCACACUUAAGAAAGAUAGAACGUUGUUGCGUGAUGAAAGAAAAAUGGAAAAAUUGAAGGCAAAGCUUCAUACAGAUGAUGAUUUAAAUUGGCUGGAUCAUAGCCGAACGUUUAGAGAGCAAGGAGUUGACGAGAACGAAACACUGCUGUUGAGAAGGAAGUUCUUUUAUUCAGACCAGAACGUAGAUUCAAGAGAUCCUGUUCAACUGAAUUUGCUUUAUGUUCAGGCUCGUGAUGACAUUCUGAAUGGUUCCCAUCCUGUCUCCUUUGAGAAGGCCUGUGAGUUUGGAGGCUUUCAAGCACAGAUCCAGUUUGGACCUCAUGUAGAACACAAACACAAACCUGGAUUUUUAGACCUAAAAGAAUUCCUACCUAAAGAAUAUACCAAACAAAGAGGGGCUGAAAAAAGAAUAUUUCAGGAACAUAAAAACUGUGGUGAGAUGACUGAAAUAGAAGCCAAAGUGAAGUAUGUGAAGCUCGCUCGCUCCCUGCGGACCUACGGAGUGUCCUUUUUUCUUGUUAAGGAAAAAAUGAAAGGUAAAAACAAGCUGGUUCCUCGUUUGCUGGGUGUCACUAAGGACUCAGUGAUGCGUGUAGAUGAGAAGACCAAAGAAGUGUUGCAGGAAUGGCCACUGACAACUGUGAAACGCUGGGCUGCCUCACCUAAAAGCUUUACUCUGGAUUUUGGUGAAUAUCAGGAAAGCUAUUACUCAGUACAGACCACUGAAGGGGAGCAGAUCUCUCAGUUAAUUGCUGGUUAUAUUGAUAUCAUCCUGAAGAAGAAACAAAGUAAAGAUAGAUUUGGUCUUGAAGGUGAUGAGGAAUCAACCAUGUUGGAAGAGUCUGUUUCACCGAAGAAGUCUACCAUCUUACAGCAACAGUUCAACCGAACAGGGAAGGUAGAGCAUGGCUCUGUAGCACUACCAGCUGUUAUGCGUUCAGGGUCCAGUGGCCCAGAAACUUUCAAUGUUGGCAUCAUGCCUUCUCCUCAGCAGCAGGUCACGAUUGGUCAGAUGCACAGAGGACAUAUGCCCCCUCUUACUUCAGCUCAGCAGGCCCUGAUGGGGACUAUCAAUACCAGCAUGCAUGCUGUUCAACAAGCUCAAGCUGACCUCAGUGAGGUUGAUAACCUACCACCUCUAGGGCAGGACAUGGCAUCAAGAGUAUGGGUUCAGAACAAGGUUGAUGAAUCAAAACAUGAAAUACACUCUCAGGUUGAUGCUAUCACUGCAGGAACUGCAUCUGUUGUUAACCUUACAGCAGGUGACCCUGUUGACACUGACUACACUGCUGUGGGAUGUGCAAUUACAACCAUCUCUUCCAACCUCACCGAGAUGUCUAAAGGUGUGAAACUGCUUGCUGCUCUCAUGGAUGAUGAAGUUGGAAGUGGGGAGGACCUCCUGAAAGCCGCUCGAACAUUGGCCAUUGCUGUCUCAGACUUGCUGAAGGCUGUUCAGCCUACUUCAGGAGAGCCUCGACAGACAGUUUUGACUGCAGCUGGAAGCAUUGGGCAAGCCAGUGGAGAGCUACUGAGACAGAUUGGAGAGAAUGAAACAGAUGAAAGGUUCCAGGAUGUUCUGAUGAGUCUGGCCAAAGCUGUUGCAAAUGCUGCUGCUAUGUUAGUGUUGAAGGCCAAGAAUGUAGCACAGGUUGCUGAAGAUACAGUCCUGCAGAACAGAGUGAUUGCUGCUGCUACACAGUGUGCACUCUCUACUUCCCAGCUUGUGGCUUGUGCCAAGGUUGUGAGUCCUACCAUCAGCUCUCCAGUAUGCCAGGAACAGCUGAUCGAGGCAGGAAAACUGGUGGACCGUUCAGUGGAGAACUGUGUGAGGGCCUGCCAGGCUGCCACAGAUGACACUGAGUUACUGAAGCAGGUCAGUGCAGCUGCCAGCAUUGUCAGCCAAGCCCUGAAUGACCUCUUGCAGCAUGUCCGCCAGUUUGCAAGCAGGGGAGAGCCUAUUGGACGCUAUGAUCAGGCCACAGAUACCAUCAUGUGUGUCACGGAGAGUAUUUUCAGUUCAAUGGGGGAUGCUGGUGAAAUGGUACGGCAGGCCAGGGUGCUGGCUCAAGCAACUUCAGAUCUCGUCAAUGCAAUGAGGUCAGAUGCUGAAGCAGAAAUUGACAUGGAAAACUCAAAAAAGCUCCUGGCAGCUGCGAAGCUCCUUGCAGAUUCUACAGCCCGCAUGGUGGAAGCUGCAAAGGGAGCUGCAGCCAAUCCUGAAAAUGAGGAUCAGCAGCAGCGUCUGCGAGAAGCAGCGGAGGGACUGCGGGUUGCUACGAAUGCUGCUGCACAAAAUGCCAUCAAGAAGAAAAUUGUCAACAGAUUAGAGAUUGCAGCUAAACAAGCUGCAGCUGCUGCUACUCAGACUAUUGCAGCUUCUCAGAAUGCAGCUGUUUCAAAUAAGAACACUGCAGCCCAUCAGCAACUUGUGCAGAGCUGUAAGAAUGUUGCAGACCACAUUCCUCAGUUGGUGCAAGGCGUGAGAGGAAGUCAGGCUCAGGCAGAAGACCUCAGUGCACAGCUUGCUCUGAUAAAUUCCAGCCAGAACUUCCUUCAGCCUGGAAGUAAAAUGGUGGCAUCUGCUAAAGCUGCAGUACCUACUGUGACUGACCAAGCAGCAGCCAUGCAGCUAAGUCAGUGUGCAAAGAACCUUGCGACCAGCUUAGCUGAGCUGCGGACUGCCUCCCAGAAGGCUCAUGAAGCAUGUGGCCCAAUGGAAAUUGAUUCUGCUUUAAAUACGGUCCAGACCCUCAAAAGUGAACUGCAAGAUGCAAAGAUGGCAGCUGUGGAUGGACAGUUAAAGCCUCUUCCUGGAGAAACUCUUGAGAAAUGUGCUCAGGAUCUGGGAAGCACAUCCAAAGCAGUUGGUUCAUCGAUGGCCCAGUUGCUAACUUGUGCUGCUCAAGGCAACGAGCACUACACAGGAGUUGCUGCCAGAGAAACUGCUCAGGCUUUGAAGACGUUGGCUCAGGCAGCACGUGGGGUAGCAGCAUCAACUACUGACCCUGUAGCAGCACAUGCAAUGUUGGAUUCAGCAAGGGAUGUCAUGGAAGGCUCUGCUAUGCUUAUUCAGGAGGCAAAGCAGGCCCUUGCUGCACCAGGAGACGCAGACAGUCAGCAGAGAUUAGCCCAGGUGGCAAAAGCAGUGUCUCACUCAUUGAAUAACUGUGUGAAUUGUCUACCUGGGCAAAAGGAUGUGGACGUGGCUUUGAAGAGUAUUGGGGAGUCUAGCAAGAAGCUCCUUGUUGAUUUGCUACCUCCAAGUUCUAAGUCAUUUCAGGAAGCUCAGAGUGAGCUGAAUCAGGCAGCAGCAGAUUUGAAUCAGUCAGCAGGAGAAGUUGUCCAUGCUACACGGGGCCAAAGUGGGGAACUGGCUGCAGCAUCUGGAAAAUUCAGUGAUGAUUUCGAUGAAUUUCUUGAUGCUGGUAUUGAAAUGGCUGGCCAAGCUCAAACAAAAGAAGACCAGAUUCAAGUAAUAGGUAACCUCAAGAGCAUCUCUAUGGCUUCCAGCAAGCUUUUACUGGCUGCCAAGUCUCUGUCUGUUGAUCCUGGAGCUCCUAAUGCCAAGAAUCUAUUAGCGGCAGCAGCCAGAGCUGUGACUGAGAGCAUAAACCAGCUCAUCACGCUGUGCACCCAGCAGGCUCCCGGGCAGAAGGAAUGUGACAAUGCACUCAGAGAACUGGAGACAGUGAAGGGAAUGCUGGAUAACCCCAAUGAGCCUGUGAGCGACCUCUCGUAUUUUGAUUGUAUUGAGGGUGUAAUGGAGAACUCAAAGGCUCUUGGAGAAUCUAUGGCAGGCAUUUCCCAGAAUGCAAAAACCGGGGAUCUUUUGGUCUUUGGAGAAUGUGUUGGAGUUGCAUCCAAAGCUCUUUGCGGCCUCACAGAGGCAGCAGCUCAGGCUGCUUACCUGGUUGGCAUUUCAGAUCCCAACAGUCAGGCAGGUCAGCAAGGUCUUGUUGACCCAAUUCAAUUUGCCAGAGCCAAUCAAGCAAUCCAGAUGGCUUGCCAGAAUUUGGUAGAUCCAGCAAGCAGCCCAUCGCAGGUAUUGUCAGCUGCCACAAUUGUGGCCAAACAUACUUCUGCUCUGUGCAAUGCUUGUCGCAUUGCUUCAUCAAAGACAGCAAAUCCUGUUGCCAAGAGACACUUUGUGCAAUCUGCCAAGGAAGUUGCAAACAGCACCGCUAACCUGGUUAAGACUAUCAAGGCCCUGGAUGGUGAUUUCUCUGAAGAGAACCGCAACAAGUGCAGAAUUGCUACCGUGCCAUUGAUAGAGGCUGUGGAAAACCUGACAGCAUUUGCUUCAAAUCCAGAAUUUGUCAGCAUCCCAGCACAGAUCAGCACUGAGGGAUCACGAGCACAGGAGCCAAUUCUAGUUUCUGCUAAAACAAUGUUAGAGAGCUCUUCUUUAUUGAUCAAAACAGCUCGUUCUCUGGCAAUCAAUCCAAAAGACCCUCCUACAUGGUCAGUGCUAGCUGGGCAUUCCCAUACUGUCUCAGAUUCUAUUAAGAGUCUUAUCACCUCUAUCAGGGAUAAGGCCCCAGGGCAGAGAGAAUGUGAUUACUCUAUAGAUGGGAUCAACAGAUGCAUCAGAGACAUUGAGCAGGCCUCACUUGCAGCUGUCAGUCAGAGUCUGGCCACAAGGGAUGACAUCUCAGUUGAGGCUCUACAGGAGCAGCUGACAUCAGUCGUUCAGGAAAUUGGCCAUCUUAUUGAUCCAAUAGCAACCGCAGCUCGGGGAGAGGCAGCACAGCUUGGGCACAAGGUUACACAGCUUGCAAGUUACUUUGAACCCUUGGUGUUAGCUGCAGUUGGUGUAGCAUCCAAAACUCUGGAUCAUCAGCAACAAAUGACAGUGUUGGACCAGAGCAAGACAUUAGCAGAGUCUGCCUUACAGAUGUUGUAUGCAGCCAAAGAAGGAGGAGGAAAUCCCAAGGCAUCACAUACUCAUGAUGCAAUUACUGAGGCAGCUCAACUGAUGAAAGAGGCUGUGGAUGAUAUCAUGGUUACCUUGAAUGAAGCUGCUAGCGAAGUAGGCAUGGUUGGAGGAAUGGUAGAUUCAAUAACAGAGGCAAUGAGCAAGCUGGAUGAAAGUACACCUGCAGAUCCCAAGGGAACAUUUGUUGAUUAUCAGACCACUGUGGUGAAAUACUCUAAAGCCAUUGCCAUUACAGCACAGGAAAUGAUGACUAAGUCGGUUACUAACCCGGAAGAGUUGGGAGGACUUGCAUCACAAAUGACCAAUGACUAUGGGCAUUUGGCUCUCCAGGGCCGAAUGGCUGCAGCUACUGCUGAACCAGAGGAGAUAGGGUUCCAGAUCAAGACUCGGGUGCAAGAACUUGGUCACGGCUGUAUCUUUCUCGUGCAAAAAGCUGGAGCUCUCCAGAUUUGCCCUACAGACAGUUACACCAAAAGGGAACUGAUAGAAUGCGCUCGUGCUGUGACUGAAAAGGUCUCCUUAGUUUUAUCUGCCCUUCAAGCAGGAAACAAAGGCACGCAAGCUUGUAUUACUGCAGCCAGUGCUGUGUCUGGGAUAAUUGCAGAUCUAGACACCACUAUCAUGUUUGCUACUGCUGGAACCCUUAAUGCUGAAAACAACGAAUCAUUUGCAGACCACAGGGAAAAUAUCCUGAAAACAGCAAAAGCCUUAGUUGAAGAUACAAAAUUGUUGGUUUCCGGUGCUGCUUCAAGUCAGGACAAACUGGCUCAGGCGGCUCAAUCAUCAGCUAACACCAUCACCCAGCUCGCUGAGGUAGUAAAAUUGGGAGCAGCUAGCUUGGGAUCAGAUGAUCCUGAAACACAGGUUGUCCUGAUCAAUGCUAUCAAGGAUGUUGCAAAGGCCCUUUCUGACCUCAUUGGUGCUACAAAAGGAGCUGCCAGCAAGCCAGCAGAUGACCCAUCCAUGUACCAGCUGAAGGGGGCUGCCAAGGUGAUGGUAACAAAUGUCACAUCACUUUUGAAGACUGUUAAAGCAGUAGAAGAUGAAGCAACUCGAGGGACAAGAGCUCUUGAGGCCACAAUUGAGUACAUCAAACAGGAACUCACGGUGUUUCAGUCAAAUGAGGUUCCAGAAAAGACAUCAUCACCUGAAGAAUCAAUCCGGAUGACGAAAGGAAUCACCAUGGCAACAGCCAAAGCUGUGGCAGCUGGGAACUCAUGCAGACAGGAGGAUGUGAUUGCUACAGCAAAUCUCAGCCGCAAAGCAGUAGCUGACAUGCUAACAGCUUGUAAGCAAGCAUCAUAUCACCAGGAGGUGAGUCAAGAAGUUCGAGAGAGAGCCCUGCGCUUUGGAACAGAAUGUACGCUGGGAUACCUGGAACUCUUGGAACAUGUCCUCCUGAUCCUUCAAAAACCAACACCAGAGCUAAAGCAUCAGUUGGCUGCUUUCUCCAAGCGGGUUGCCAGUGCUGUUACAGAGCUUAUUCAGUCAGCAGAAGCUAUGAAGGGGACAGAGUGGGUGGAUCCAGAAGACCCAACAGUCAUUGCAGAGACAGAGCUAUUGGGAGCUGCAGCAUCAAUUGAGGCUGCAGCAAAGAAGUUAGAGCAGCUGAAACCAAGAGCCAAGCCAAAGCAAGCAGAUGAGACUCUGGAUUUUGAAGAACAGAUCUUGGAAGCAGCCAAAUCCAUUGCAGCUGCUACCAGCGCCCUUGUGAAGUCAGCUUCAGCAGCACAGAGAGAACUGGUGGCACAGGGAAAGGUUGGAGCAAUCCCUGCGAAUGCAGCUGAUGAUGGACAGUGGUCUCAGGGACUUAUUUCCGCUGCCCGAAUGGUGGCAGCUGCAACCAGCAAUCUUUGUGAAGCAGCGAAUGCUUCAGUACAAGGCCACGCUAGUGAGGAGAAGCUCAUCUCAUCUGCAAAACAAGUCGCAGCUUCGACAGCACAAUUGCUUGUGGCUUGCAAAGUGAAGGCUGAUCAUGACUCUGAAGCCAUGAGGAGGCUACAGGCUGCAGGGAAUGCUGUCAAGAGAGCAUCAGACAAUCUUGUCAGGGCAGCCCAAAAAGCAGCUUUUGGAAAAGCAGAAGAUGACGACGUUGUGGUCAAAACAAAAUUUGUGGGUGGCAUUGCUCAGAUCAUUGCAGCCCAAGAAGAAAUGCUGAAGAAGGAAAGAGAGCUGGAAGAGGCAAGGAAAAAACUUGCUCAGAUCCGCCAACAGCAAUACAAAUUUCUCCCCACAGAGCUGAGAGAAGAUGAGGGUUAGCCUGCUGAGAUUUUCUUCUUGCCUUUUUUCCUUUAUUCCUCUUUUUAAAAAAUUUCCUUUUAAAGAAAUAAGCUAAGGGGGGACAGUAUAGUAAGAACUGACCUGACAACUUCUGGUAUGUCAAGCACUUACCUAAAUAAACUGCCUAUCACAGCUUUGGAUGAACAGAGAGCAAUAACUACUUGUUCUUUGUCAUCUGGGAGUGCAUUCUGUGAUGAUCAAGUAAUGGUACAGUAUUAUGUUCAUUCCUGUUCCUUCCUGGACUUACAUCUCAGAAGAGAAUCUUUCUCUUUUUACUGAAUAUUUUAAAUCAGUAUUAUUGUCACUUUCUUGAUGCUUGACACAUUUAUUGUUCCUUGACUUGAUAUAAAAUGUUCAUAUUAUUAGUAGGAAAUCAGUCAAGAAAUCAUGCCUGUGAUAAAUACCACAUGAGCUGGUGGCUCUCCCCCACCCACCCUUGUAAUAAGAAGACCAAGACAGAAAAGGAUGUAUGUCUGAGUGGGAAAGAUGCACAUGUGUGGUUUUGAAGAAAAUGCCUGGCCUGUCUGUUAUGUAACUAGUUCAUCCCAAAACUGGAGGAAUUCUCUGCACCUGUUUGCACUAGUAUUAUUACUCCUUACCUGAUAGCAACAAGCUUCUGCUUGUGCAGUAUUACGGUUCACAAAAUGUGGCAAUGCCAUUCUUUAAAGAGCGCAGAAAACAAAGAAAUGGAAACCUUGUCACUGCCUCAAUAAUAGCAGGUUCAUGAAGGAAAAUGCUGUUCCAAUUAUAUACCUCUAAUGUGUGACUACUUUUACAGUAUUAUACACACAUACACAUGCUCUCACAUUGGACUGAGUAGUUUGUGUUUUGUUUUCUAGUUUAAAUUAUCUGGUUUGUACUGUGGGAUUUCUGUUAGAAUGUAUGCUACUUAAAAAAGGGAAAUACCCCAGUACAACAGAAGGCUGUCACAACUCUUGGUAUUCUAAUAAUUUCAUUUGUAAUUAUUUUGUUUUGAAACCUGUGGGUAUUGUAGGAGAAAAGAAUAAGUGAUUUACAAGUAGACCUUUCUUGUAAUAUAAAAAAUAAAAUUUUGGACUCUAGGGAGUUUAUUUUCAUACUUGGAAUUGAUGAAAAUGUACUCACCAAAGAAUUGCAGAGAAGGAAUAGCAGCAGUCUAAGCAGCUGCAGAAAGGUACUGUAUGUUUUCAAUAUCUCUGUUGUGACCUAAACAGUAGCAACAUGGGUAGAGUGAGUAAAAACAUUUUAUCCUCUCAGAGAAAGAACACAAACUACAGCGACUUUAAGUAAUAAAAGCUAAACUAUUUGAGUAACUACAGAACCAUCAUUUUUCCUAACUACAAUUUCCAGUGUACCUCUGUUCAAGCCCUCUUAAAAAAAAAAGAAAAGUCAAGUCUCUUUAGGUCAAAGGUGUUGCUGCUACAGUGCUUCUGAAGGCUGUGCUGUCUUUAGAUACCCGUUACAUACCUCCAACUGAGCCUAUUAUGUUAUGAGCAUACCCAGCUAGUCAGUAUUGCAGAAAUACUUGUCUUGUAGACUCAGAAGUAACUCCUAGUGAUAUGUUUAUGGGUUUAGAUAGUGCUAACUUUUCAUUUAAGUUACUUGCAUGACAUAUAAUUACCAAGAAUUUUGUCACACUAGUGUUAAAUAUAUAGGAAACAUGAUUACAGAAUUAAUAAGUAUUAGUGUGUUUGAAGGUUUUCUUUUUUUGGCAGAGUUUCUUCUCUGGUACUGAAAUAUUUCAGAUUCAAUUGAAUUGUUGGAUAAUCUACACUGAGAAGGGAAAAAAAAAAAGGUAGAUCCCAGAUAGAACUGCUGGCAUUGACAGAUGUGCCGUGAAGUGUAGGCUUGUGUCCAUACACAAACCCUUACUAAAUGCAGGCAAUUCUGAGCUCUGCAAUUUCCAAUUCAGCACAAUUGAUAUUUUUUCUUUCAGCUGUUACACAGUGAAUUCAGUGAGUAGUGUCACAAUCUUAGGUAGAAAGGUAAGUCAGUUUUAUUUUUCUAAGGCCUAAAUAAAGACAGCUCCAGGUGACAGAUUUUCUGCUGCUGCUGGUAGGUCAAGCUUCUUUGCAGUUUUUUUCUUCUUUUAAAUUCAGGUAGCCUCACAUUCCCAUCUCUAUUUUUUUGAUAGAUCUUCCAGACAGAUUUGUUACUGCUCCUCCUUCAAGCUGUGUUUGACCUAUUUAGUCCCAUCAAAGCAAGAUGACGCUGUUUUUAGUACCGUGACAGUAUUUUACUGUAGGUAUAUAUAAUGUUGUAAUAUAUGAUCAGAAUGGUAUUUGCCAGUUUGAAAGAAGCCAAAAUCCUGGUCAAAUGCAACUGUAUGUGGGAAUUGCAUGGCUAGGAUAUUUUAUCAUACUAUGGAUGGGAAGGGCAUGCUCUAAUUGUGUACCAGAUAAAGGUGUUUGGAAAGUCCAUUUCAGCGCAGUUGUUUUGAGGCCUAUCUGUUUCAGAUUUAGUACUCCCUCUUAUCAGACAAGGAAGUAUUAUUCUUUUUUCUCCUUAGCUAUGUGCUCCACAGAGGAAACACAGUCAGCUAAGUAGCUGAACUUGAACAGCUCAAUGAGGUUUUUUUUUAUUGUGAACUUUGAGUCUUGAUCUGGGAAACAUUCAGAGAACAUAAACUUAUCUGAAAGCUUUCUAUUUCAAUUUAUUCUUGCUGUUAUAAUUUGCAGUACCACUGAAGUCCAGAUGUGCACAUCUGUGGAGUUUGGAACUAGUCCGUGCAUUUGUUUGGCAUGGAAGCUUGGAGCAGGAAGUGACAAGUUGGGGUAAGGGAUGAAGGUUAGUUAAUAAGGAAGGCAGAUGUUUACUUUGUGCUGUUAACUUGUGAAACGAUAAAUGGGCUCUGUUGUAUCUCACCCUUCUUCAUGUGGAUUUCACUUUAAGAAAUUGUAUGCAAAUUAAAAGCAAAAUGCCUCAAAGUUGUUUGUGUACAAAUAGUCCAGUGUUGUUUUCCCCAAGUGCCCAGGAAAUAAUUUGAAUGGAACGUUUUAUCGUGUCUAAGCUUUUCCUUUUCUACGUCAGAAGCUUCGAGGUAAGAGAAGAUUUAAAACAAAAAUUGAUGGCUGGACUCUUGUUUCAUCUGUUCCUUCCCCUUUGACUUUCUGCAUCUUCAUUACUUAAUUCCUAAUGAGAGAAUGCAUAAAUGUUCUAGAAACCUUUUCACUUAAAAUACGUAUAGCUUGUGAGCAUGUUUCACUUUUAAUUGGACCAAACUGAUAAAACGUUUACACCAGAAGUAUGGCUCACGCCAUCGCUAAAUCUACCUUCCCUAAUUUUUCUAAAUCUACAGGUUUAAAUGUUUUUAUGCUUUGUACUGCAAAUGUUUUGUCCUUCUGUGACUGCGUAAUGAUUACCAAAUUAUUUGCCUGUAUUUGAAGCGACUCCUGUAACCUACUUUUCAGUACUCACAGCAGUGUAAGUUAAACAUGUUGUAGUUGUUCCUGCUUAUGGAACAACACAUUUCUGUGGCACAAAGGUUGAUGCCAAGUGCAGAAGCUGUUAGGUCAAUUGAGAUGCUAGUCUGCUGCAGAUGGCUAAUUUGACUGCCCUUAGUGUCUUAGUGAAGUCUGAUGAAUUGCCUCAGAAGUGACAGAUGCACAGGCUGCAUCUGGCUCGUGAGCUACAUUUCAUUUAACGUGUGAACUCUGUCCUUGGGCACAGAGCAUCAGUGAAUGAAGAACACUACAGAGAUCCUUGAGCAAAUGUCACUGAGGGCAUGCAGCACAGGGUAGUCACACGGGGAUAUUUCAGACCCAGAGGUGACAUCCCUACCCUCGUCAGGGUGGUGGAGGGAUGCACCUCCAAACUCAGGCCAUUCUGUUCUGUAUCGUGCAGGAAGACCUGGUACUGAGGCACAACAGCAUUCAUUUCUUUAGUAGCUGGUAGAUCUAGUACUGACAGAGUAUGGCCUAAUUCAGCUGCUGGGUGUCAGAUCAGGGCUCUUACCAGUUGGUUGUAGUCAACAAACUGUUGGACUUAGUCUAAUAGCUGUUUACAGCUUUAUGUGAGCUAUAGAGAGGUCUCCAGAAGGCAUGAUAAAGGUGGUGCUAAGCUGUGUGUAUUGAGGAGCCUCUGCAUAAAGCAGAUACUGCAGGGGAGUUCCUGGGCCACAGUGUUUCAGCACCAGAGAAAUGUAAUAACAGGAUUGAUCAGAUAUAGCCAAGCUCAAUGUGCACGCAGAAGCAGCCAUGUCUUGAACAGUGGGAAUGAUAAACGCCAUGACAGUUCUAUCUGACAGCAUGAGUCAUUUUACCUGAAGAUUAUUUUUUCACUUAUUGAGCUACAAGUACUUGACAUUUUGUCAUGCUUUUUAAAAGCUAAUAAAGCAGCAGAGACUUCUGUUUCGUCACAAAUUAGUACGCUUUGUUGCAGUGGAAGAACCUCCGGCAUCUUUGUAAGUAUAUAUCAGAAUAGUGAACUCUCACUUUAACAUCUUUUACCAUUAAAGUUUUACACCCAAUAAAGGUACAGAGGAGUUCACAGUCACAUUGUUGCACCAUUAUGUGUAGUUCUUAUCUGGACACAAAAUUAAAUAAUACAUUGUGUUUUUGUCUGCACCAACAAGAAUGUCUAAAUAAUGCACUGUAUUUUGUCUACACCAGCAAAAAUGUAUAAAUAAUAUAUUGCAUUUUUGUCUAUGCCAAAAAUAAGCCCUUGAAGGAAUUCCUCUUCUGUUGUUUUGGUUUUGUAUGAAAGUAUUUGUGACUUACGUUGCACUUGUUGUCAUGCAAAGGAUUGUUUUACUACUUCAUUGAAAUAAGGCAGAAGUAUCUUUCUGCAGUGUGGGGAAAAGGCAGAAUUCCCACCUGACAGAAGUUCUAUGUACAGCUCUUCUGCACAGACAUAAAUAUGAAUGCCUGCUUCAUAGGCAGAAACCCUUCAGUAUCUUUAAAGCACGUUAACUACACGUAUAUAUAAAAGACAAAUGCCAGUUAUUCAAAGGUGCCUGAUGUUUGGUUCUGUUGCCAUGUUCCUUAGUUAUUGUGGAGGGAAGCCUGACAUUGCUUUUAUGUACAUUAUGGUUUCUGUAUUAUUCAGCAUCUUUCCACAUCACGUGCAGCUCUGUAUGUACAUAUGGAUUACUUCAUCUGCUACAUGAAAUCUAUUCCAGAAUUCUGAUUAGUUGUGUUACUGGUUGUCUGACACUGCUGUUGGCGGGGUGGCUGGUUUUGAUACUACUGCACUCAUUGGGAUCUUUUUUGCAUUGUGAGUGCCAUCAGUUGGGUCCAUCACCAGGUGUGUGUGCCUUGUUGCUGAGGAUAUGGUGACUUUCUUCCCUGUGGUCUCCAUGAUGGAAACAAGACUGAAGAUGCUCUUAUUUCAGGGCUGGUUAGCUUAGUAACGAAAUGGCACAGAGGCACUGUGCGUGUUUUAGGCUAAAUUCUUUAAAAAUACCUUUUUAAAGUACUAAACAUUUGUGACAAUUUCAAUUACUAGGAAAAGCAUUUGGGGAAUUUGCUGUCCUUAUUUUCUGUGCAGCAUGAUUUCAGUAUGUGUUGAAACUUCAGAGGCGCUAGGGAAGUUAAUUCUUUGUGCUUGCACAGUAAUGCCUGAAGAAUUUAAGACUAAACUGUGGGUUUUUUGGUGUUUUGUUUUGUUUGUUUGUUUUUUCCAGGAUUCUUAUCCACAAUGAUACGUAGGGUUUGCCCACUGCUAGUUUGGAUAACAUAAGGUUUAUAUAUCAGAUGUUACAAUUCUUUACCUGUUAUUUUCUUUAAGUAUGUUAUUUUAAAAACUGAUAGGAGGAGCUGGUGAUUUCUCAGCAUCCUAAAAUGUCCACUAUGAGAGUUUAUCCUAUGUGAAGAGGUUUUCUUUUGUCAUUACCUGUAAUUUAUGUUCCAUAAAGUCAAAAUCUCUUUAUUGAAAGUGUUAGGUUGAACUUCAAGCUCAGAAAUCCAGAACUUUGCAAGAUGAAAAUUCGUUUGCAGUACAGAAUUAAAUGUUGAUUUAGCAGUUUCAGAAGGGUUCUGAAGUUUGGAAAAGAUGCUGCAUAAAGAUAGUAAAAAUAAAAAUAUAUUGUUUUCUUAAUACAGUUCUU